GGCGGCGCAUUAGGACCGCGGGACCGGAGGAGGUGCGGUCAGGAUUUCCCUUUAGGAACGAACGGAGGGACGGAGGCAGUGCGCAUGCGCGGACUUUACUAUCAGCGGAUCUCGAUCUCUGGCGCGAGUCGCGGCGCGGAGCGCAGCACUGCUCGCGCGUGAGGCAAAACAAAGUGCAGUAAUUCGCUUCAAGGAAGCAAAGUGACGCGCGACGGACCGCGAGACGGGACGCGUUAAAGGGAGCAACUUGACAGAGCGCAGGCGGACGCGGUGACACAAAACGGAGCGGAGCGCUUGAACACACACACGACUUGAGUUGAGGAAAGUAAGUAGUGACACACACUCGCUAGCGUGUCACGACGAGCGCGACGCAGAGAAGGAGAUUCCUCGAGUCCAGGACUCAGGAAUUACUUCGACUCGAGGUACCGGGGGGCUGCAGAGUGGGCGGCGGGAGCAGAACAGUGCUGGGGGGCGAUGGACUCCACUUCAUGGAGGUGCAGCGGGGCCGCUGAGUAAGAGCCGCUCGCUCGGAAUGUCCUCGCGGAUGAGAGAGCCGGCGGGAAACUCCGGCUGGCAGCGCGAGCUCCUCUGAGGCGAUCUUCGGCUUCGCACAGCACAGGAUGGCUUGAUCUUUCUCUGAGGAAAUUAUAAUUAUCGAUCGCUCUCUCUUUGAAAGAGAUCCAGUUUGGGGCUUCGGAAGGGGACCAAGAGAGAAGAAAUAAAGUUUGCCGCGUCGGAAAGCGCGGAGCCGACAGCCGCGCGUGCCUGCGUGCGCGGGCGCGCGCUGUCCCUCGGCCGGGUGGGGCGACACUCUCACCCCGAGCAGAGCACCAUGGCCAGAGUGAUCCAGAAGAAGAACCACUGGAGCGGCAGGCUCAACGAGUGCGCCGUGCGCAGGGACCCCCGCGGGGAGCUCCGCGUGACGCUGCGCGGCGGCGCCGAGGACGGACAGUUCCCGUACGUGGCGCACGUGGAGCGCGACGCCGUGGUGUACCAGUACGGCACGCUGGGCGAGGGCGAGCUCGUGCUGGAGGUGGAGGGUCUCUCCGUGUCCGGACUGCCCCUCUACGACGUCCUCGCGCUGAUGAGGGGCUGCAAGAGUCCCGUGCGCUUCAAAACUGUGCGACCAGGAAACAAGCUCAAUAAGGACCUGAAACACUAUCUAAGCCAGAGGUUCCAGAAGUCGUCCCCAGACCACGCACUUCAGCAGACCAUCAGAGAGAACCUGUACCGUCACGCUGUGCCUUGUACAACCCGGCCUCCCAGAGACGGAGAGGUCCCUGGUGUUGACUACAACUUCCUGUCCGUAGAGGACUUCCUCAAUCUUGAAAAGAGCGGUACUCUUCUGGAGAUCGGAACGUAUGAAGGUAACUAUUAUGGGACCCCGAAGCCGCCGAGCCAGCCCCCUGGGGGGAAAGUGAUUAGCGGUGAUGCUCUGCACGACAGCCUCCCCGGCUCGCAGCACUCCACGCCCAAGCGCACCAAGUCCUACAAUGACAUGCAAAAUGCUGGAAUAGGACCUGCGGAGAACGACGACGAUGACGAGCUCCCUGAAAUGAGCAGCAGCUUCACAGGUGACUCGAGUGAACCGGAGGAGCAGCCCCACGUGCGACCGUUCGCCCCCCGCGACAAAGCCCCUUCGUACACUCUCAACAGCGCCCUGUCGUCAACCACGGACAGCUCGCAGCAGACUCAGAGCCACCUGCAUCCUCCCGAGGAGGACCCUCUUGGACCACUGCCCGACAACUGGGAGAUGGCCUACACAGAGAACGGGGAGGUCUACUUCAUAGACCACAACACAAAGACCACCUCCUGGAUUGACCCCCGGUGUCUGGAGAAGCCCCAGAAGCCCCUGGAGGAAUGCGAAGAUGAUGAAGGGGUACAUACUGAAGAGAUGGACAAUGAGCUAGAGCUGCCCACGGGCUGGGAGAAGAUUGACGACCCUGUUUACGGGGUGUACUAUGUCGACCAUAUAAACAGGAAGACGCAGUACGAAAACCCCAUCGUUGAGGCGAAGCGCAAAAAGCACCUCCAGCACCAGCAGCCGCCAGAAGGUGAGCGGUACAUUCGAGAGUGGAUAGCGGAGCAGUCCUCGGCGGGAGCCCCGCUUGCCGAGUACGCCACCAGUCACCAGGAGACGUACCGGGACACGCAAGCACCACCUCCGCUCCCACCGCCCCCGCCGGGUGGCAAACGAGGGAAACCCUUCUUCACGAGGAACCCUGCCGAGCUGAAGGGAACUUUCAUCCACACCAGGCUGAAGAAGAGCCGCCGGGGCUUCGGCUUCACUGUGGUUGGUGGCGAUGAGCCGGACGAAUUCCUGCAGAUCAAGAGUUUGGUCCUAGAUGGCCCCGCCGCUUUGGACGGGAAGAUGGAAACCGGCGAUGUGAUCGUGAGCGUGAACGACACCUGUGUUCUGGGCUAUACACAUGCCCAGGUGGUGAAGAUUUUCCAGUCCAUUCCCAUUGGCUCCAUGGUAGACCUUGAGCUCUGCCGGGGCUACCCGCUGCCCUUCGACCCCGAUGACCCCAACACGAGCCUGGUGACCUCCGUAGCCAUCCUGGACAAAGAGCCCAUCAUUGUCAAUGGGCAGGAGAGCUACGACUCGCCCUCCAGCCACGGCAGCCAGACAGCUGGAGGUGUGAACGGCACCAAGGAGCCGCGACCGUACAGCCCGUCAUCCGAGACGGCCCCCAGCGACGUGGUCACACUGGCUUCGUCCAUUGCCACGCAGCCGGAACUCAUCACCGUGCACAUGGAGAAAGGCGAGAAGGGAUUCGGCUUCACUAUUGCAGACAGCCCCUCGGGGGGGGGGCAGAGGGUCAAGCAGAUCGUCGACUACCCGCGGUGCCGGGGCCUCAAGGAGGGGGACAUCUUGGUGGAGGUGAACAAGAGGAAUGUCCAGAGCAUGACUCACAACCAGGUGGUAGACCUCCUGAGCAAGUGUCCUAAAGGGAGUGAGGUCACCAUGCUGGUGCAGAGAGGGGUGGCGCUGGCGAAGAAAAGUCCAAAGUUGCAGCAGCUGGAGCGGAGGGACAGCCAGGGCAGCUCCCAGCACAGCGCGUCGAGCCACCGCAGCACCCACACUGACUCGCCUGUGCACCCGAGCCAGGCGCUGGCCAACGAGAGCGCCGCACCCCUGCCGCUGCCUGGACCGCCCGUGCCAGAGCCAGGAGACCCCGCGGCCCAGAAAAAGCCAGACCCCUUCAGGAUCUGGGCCCAGUCCAGGAGCAUGUAUGAGAGUAGAUUGCCAGAUUAUCAGGAGCAGGACAUCUUCCUGUGGAGGAAGGACACGGGCUUUGGAUUCCGCAUCCUGGGGGGCAAUGAGCCCGGAGAGCCGAUUUACAUCGGACACAUUGUGAAGUACGGCGCGGCAGAUGAGGACGGCCGGCUGCGCUCGGGCGACGAGCUCAUCUGCGUCGACGGCACAGCCGUCGUGGGCAAGUCCCAUCAGCUCGUGGUGCAACUGAUGCAGCAGGCAGCCAAACAGGGCCAUGUCAACCUGACCGUGAGGCGUAAGACUGGAUAUGGAGUGUCGAAGGUAGAUGGAGACGUGCCCCCAUCGCCGGCGUCGUCCCACCACAGCAGCACACAGGCACCCUCACUGACCGAGGACAAGCGUACGCCGCAGGGCAGCCAGAACUCCCUCAACACGGUGAGCUCGGGCAGCGGCAGCACCAGUGGCAUUGGCAGCGGCGGAGGAGGGGGCAGCGGCAGCGCCGUGGUGACUGUGCCCCCUGCCAUGCAGCCGUAUGAUGUGGAGAUCCGUCGUGGAGAGAAUGAGGGCUUCGGGUUUGUCAUCGUUUCAUCCGUCUCACGACCCGAGGCGGGAACCACCUUCGCUGGAAACACGUGUGUGGCCAUGCCCCACAAAAUAGGCCGCAUCAUCGAGGGGAGCCCAGCGGACCGCUGCGGGAAGCUGAAGGUGGGCGACCGCAUCCUGGCUGUCAACGGCUGCUCCAUCACGAACAAGUCCCAUUCAGACAUUGUGAAUCUUAUCAAGGAAGCCGGCAACACUGUCACGCUGCGGAUCAUUCCUGGAGAUGAGUCCUCGAACGCGUCACUGCUGACCAAUGCGGAGAAGAUCGCCACGAUCACCACCACGCAUGCUCCCCAGCAGCAAGCCUUGCCCGAGCUGAGGAACAAUACAAAACCAAAACAAGAUUCGUUUGAAAUGAAGGCACAAGCACCUCAGACAGCAGCUCCUCCCAAAUCUACAGCCCAGGAAGCAGAGUUGUACUCCGUCGACCUGGAGCGUGACAGCAAGGGCUUUGGGUUUAGCCUCCGCGGGGGCAGCGAAUACAACAUGGACCUGUAUGUCCUGCGACUGGCCGAAGAUGGAGCGGCAGUCCGAAAUGGGAAGAUGAGGGUGGGGGACGAGAUCCUGGAGAUCAACGGCGAGAGCACAAAGAACAUGAAGCACGCCCGCGCCAUCGAGCUUAUCAAAAACGGCGGGCGCCGAGCACACCUGGUCCUGAAGCGGGGCGAUGGCUCCGUGCCCGAGUAUGACACCAGCAAUGACGGCAACGGCACCCUCGGUGGUACACAAAAUAUUUCGGAAGUGAACGCAUUGCCAUUGGACAGUCGAGCACAUGCGCCAUCGGAGUCCAGUUAUCCACCAGACCUUCACAAAUCAUCCCGAGAUGAGAACACGCACGGUCGGGAGCCGGCCAAGAAGAAGGAGCGGGCCCAGCACUCCCAGUCCCACCACCACCAUGACCACCGUGACCACCAUCGCCAUCGCCGCCGCCACCACCAUAGCUCGGGCAAACACAGGUCCCAUGGGUCCCAUGGCAGCCAUUCCCACCACCGACACCGCUCCCCCGAGAAAAAGAGUGCACACCGGCACCGGGGCCGCAGGUCGGAGGAGACUGAUGGCCACCGUGGGAGGCACCACACUUCAGACAGGAAGCACGGGAGGACCCGCAGUGCGGACAACGCCCUGGACCGCUACGAGAGGAGGCGCGAGCAAUCCCCGGAAAGGAGGCAUCAUGGCCACCACCACCGCCAACACUAUGCCCAACAGCGGGGCUCGCUGGACAGAUACAAAAACGGCAUUAUGUCCCCUGGCCGCGGGAAGGUCCAGUCUCCUUACAGGCACCGCGCCCGGUCUGUGGACCAGCUCCUGGACUCCUCCCCCGAGAGACCAAAAAAUAAGGGACCGAAUCAGAUGCCUAGGGUCGAAAAAGAGCCAAGGGUUGCCUCCGUUUCUGAUUAUGAGCAGGAAGAUUACGCAAAGGAACUAGCUGUUGAUCGGUACAGAGAGAACACCUUCCCGACGGAACCAGCUAUCGAUCGAUACAGAGAGAACGCCUUCCCGAGGGAACCGGCUAUCGAUCGAUACAGAGAGAACACCUUCCCGAGGGAACCGGCUAUCGAUCGAUACAGAGAGAACACCUUCCCGAGGGAACCGGCUAUUGAUCGAUACAGAGAGAACGGACCAUCGAGAGAAUACCCUCUUGGCGAACGCCCGUUAGCGAAGGAGAACCAACCCAGGGCCAGGUCACCAGACAGCACCUACAGGAUGAGCAAUCUGCUGAGGGAGCCCCCGCUCACGCGCACCAACAGGGACGGAAGGUUGCCAGACAACUUUGACAGCUUCUAUAAAACGCAGAGCCUUCCACGUGGGGCGACGGGGAAUGGAAGCUACCUGGGGGACAUAAGUGCACCCAGGAUCAAGGACUCAUACAGCACACUGAGGUCCAACGCCAGCUACAGCUCCCAGAAGCUUCCCGAGCCCAAGAGGAAGCCCUACAAAGAGAGUCCCAACGACCUCAGCAUAUAGUGGCUUUGCCGCGCUCCUGUCUCCUCUUCGCUGUGUCUUUCUCAGUGCAUAAUGUGGACCCCGGAUACCGACAUUAAUGAUUUGACUUUUUUUUUUUCUUGCAUUCUCAAGUACAACACAUACUAAUUUCAUCAGAAGUACUUGCUUUAUUUUGCUGUUUUUGUUGUGCGCGUUAUUUUUUGUUUGUUUUUUCUUUUUUUGACUAUUUCUCAUUUUCCAAAAAACAAUGACAAACAAAAAAUAAUGUGCCUAAGAGUACCAUAAACAAUGCUUUUGUUUUGACAAAAGGACAGUCUUUUUUAAACAACUGUCCCAUCCAGUUUUUUUUUUCU